AAAUCUAAUAUUAUAUAAAUUAUAUGAUGUAUUAAAUAGAGAAGGAAUUAAAGAUAAAGAUAUUCCUUAUUGCAAGGGUAAGCAAACAAAAUUUAAUGGAUAUAAUUAUCUUUAUGAGUUGUGUAAAAUGUUUGAAAAAAAUUUAAGGGAAUUACCCACAAUUAUGAGUGAAGAAACAGAUAAGAAUGAACAAUGCAGGUAUUUAAUAUUUUGGUUGAAUGAUCAAAUGAGAAAAAAGUUUAAUUUAUAUAAGGAUACUAACAUCAAUAUAAAUCUUAUUAUGCAACAAUUUUCUUCUGUAUCACACUUGGUAAAUAAUGAUUUAUCUAAUAAUCAGUGUAAAUAUUAUUAUAUGAGAGAUAUAACCAUGGAAUUGUGGAAAAAAUGGAAGGAUUUAUAUAACUACAUUAGAAACAAAAAUGAAAUAGAAAAAAUAAUUGUUACUGAUAAAAAAUUAUGCAAAAUAUAUAAAAGUUACCACACAUAUAUUACAAGCAUAUAUGCAGAUUAUCAAAAGGAAUGUUGCAAUGGAUCUAAAGUAAGAUGUCCCCUUUUUCUUAAAUUUGAUAAUUGGUGUUAUGAAAACGAUAUUUUAACUAAAUUAAAAUGUAAUGAAUCUGACGAAAUUGUCACACAUCCUGUAAACACUGGGAUAUAUAAUGCAACACAAUCGGGAGAAGCAGUAGGAAUAGUAGCAAAACAAGGAGGAUUAGAACUUGAAGAACGAGGUUCAUCAGGAUCACAAGGGGAAUCAGGACCCUUAAGUAGAGUAGAACCAAAAUCAUCCACUGGAGUAGGAAUUUUAACCGAUAGUGACAAUAUGGUAUCAGGCCCUAUUCGAGUAGCUUCUCAAUCAAUUUUGAAUAAAAAUGUAGGUACAAUUGGAGCUACACUAGCAGGAUCUACCUUAUUUACACUAAUGAUGUAUAAAGUAAAGAAACACAUAUUAAAUAAAUCUUAUCAUUUUACGUGA